UUAUAUUUUUAAAAAUAUAAUUAAUAAUUUAUUGUGUUGGUUUUGAUUUAAUAUUUAUAAAAAAUAUCUAUAAAAACACUAUGCUCGCAUGUGCGGGCAGAACACCUAGUUAUAAGUAUAAGUAAUGAUUUUUUUUAUUUUUAAAAUUUACAAAAUUAAAAAAAAAAUUAAUGUAUGUGCACAAAUCUAAAAGUACAGUCAAAAUUAAAGGUUCCAGCAACAAAACAUUGAUAAUAACUUUUUUUACUGAUAACUUAAAUGUAUUAUCAAUGCUUUUACUCAGAUAUGUCUUUCAGGCCACGAUUCACUAACUAUGGCGUAAAAGAAAUGGGAGACAAGAUGUUUAGAAAUCGUAUCUCAUCCCUCCCUGGGCACAUGAAAUUCGUAACGCGAUGAUAGUGUGCAGAGGCGUGCCUCUAUUGUAUUGAAAAAGACAUUCGCCUUAGGGCUUCGAUUAAUACAUAUUUUUUUUAGAGUUCCAAAGUUUAAAAUAAUUUAUAAUCUAAUGGUUUACACUUAUUUUUUAAAAACCCUUUUUCAUAUAGUAGACUAACUAACCUUCUGAAUUCAUGUAUUUUUUUCUAUAUGACAUAAUAUAGCAUAAACUUAUUAUUUUGCAGCGUUAGAUUUGUGUAUUUGGUGAAAGCGAUAUAUCAUAUUACAAAAUUGUUUUUAUUAUAGUUGUAAUAAGUUUAUUUUUAAAAUUUGCUAAGACUCUUCGCACGGCACUGAUAGUGUGGUUAGCAACUAGGAUCGGAUCUCGUAAGACUAUCUCCAAUAGUUUAUUCAAUUUUUCAAUCUAAAAUAUAGUAGUUCUAUAAUAGAGUUUAAGUUUUCUCCAACGGUACUCUAUUUUAAAUUAGAAAAAAAAAGUGAUAAAUAAAAAUAAAACAAAUUACUCUAUAUUUGGAGUAAACUUAUUUUUUACUCAAUUAUAGAGUGAGAAAUAAAGUACAAUUAAAGCAUUUUUACUCUAAACUCUAUUUUAUGAUAAAAAAUAAAGUGAGGUUGGAAAUACCCUAAUAUUAUUCAACUAUAUUCUAUUUUCAUCCGUUUGGAAAAAGAGAAAUUGCAUUCACUAUACACAACAAAAACCAAAGUUCAUUAACUAACUAAAAACACUCCAUCUCUCCUAUUUUCUCUUCCUAUCUCUCUCUACUCUCUCUAAAAAUCUAAUUUCCCCUAUUUUUUUGGUUAUUUAGCAAAUAAGCUCUUGAAAAGACGAAAUCACAUUUGUUGUAGAAAAGGUUAUUUUCUGAUCUGAAUAAAUGGAACAUUAAUUCAAAAAAUAAAAUAACUAUGCACUUAAAAAUAGUCAAAGUCGAGAUGCAAAUUUUUUUUUUGAAAAUUAUCGAGAUGCAAAUUAAUAUAAGGGAUUUUAUAAAAACCGGGGUUUGGAACUUGGAAAUAUGAUCGCUCUUUGUAGCUUUUAAUUUGGGUUUCCUCGGCUACGUGAAGUCCAACGACAUUCUACAACCACCGACUCAGCCACACACACGCGGUUCCAACAGAUACCACCCACAAAAUCCAAAUAUUUGCUGGGGGAAUAUACAUGUGUGACAACUGACAACAUCCUAACGAACUAUUGACUCUGCUUAUCGACCAGAAUCACUCCAGUUUGAUAAAAGUCAACCUUAUUUUAUUAUUUGUCUAUUAAAAAAUUAGAACAAGUAUAUGAAUUUGCAACUCUGCGUAUUGGAUAAACCGUAUUUAUUUAAUAUAUAUCCAUAAAUUAAUUUGUAAAUCCGUCCAACGGAUUUGGAAAAUUUGGCAUCAGUUUAGGAAUAUUUUUAUAACAAUAAUUAAAUGAGAUGACUUUUCAGCUUAUAAUAAACAAAAAUAAAAAAAAAUGUCAACUUCCAAAACCGUUAUAAAACGAAUACGAAAUGGCCAAAGUUAAGAACAUCAUUACAACCGGAACAAGACAACCAAACCAUAUCGUAUUUCGUUCGGUUCUUGUUUCAUUGUCUUGUUUUAUUCGUUUUCAGUAAAACGUGUCCAAAAAGAAAAAAAAGGUCUAAGUUCACCGAUGGCUCUGCGUCUUCUUGGUCGAAUCGUUACUAAAGCCGUGAAGAAAGAGAACAGUCCAGAGAGUCCCAGGAGUCCGAAAACCCCACAAGGCUCUGUUCUCAUGGACAAGUACGACCUAGGAAAGCUUCUAGGCCAGGGAAGCUUUGCUAAAGUCUAUUUAGCCCGGAGCAUUAGUACAGGCGAGAACGUCGCCAUCAAAGUCAUCGACAAAGAGAAGAUCGUGAAAAGUGGAUUGGCAGGGCACAUUAAACGAGAAAUAUCCAUCCUCCGCCGCGUCCGCCACCCUUACAUUGUCCACCUCCUCGAGGUCAUGGCUACGAAGACCAAGAUUUACAUUGUGAUGGAGUAUGUACGAGGCGGAGACCUUUUAGGAAAGGUAUCUAAAGGGCGGCUUCGUCAAGGAGUCGCCCGGAGUUAUUUCCAGCAACUUAUCUCAUCAGUUUCCUUUUGCCACGGCCGCGGUGUUUACCACCGUGAUCUCAAGCUCGAGAAUCUUCUUUUGGACGAUGAAGGGAACCUUAAGGUAUCUGACUUCGGUCUCAGCAUCGUCUCCGAGCAGCUCAGGCAAGACGGUAUCUGUCAGACGUUUUGCGGGACGCCUGCUUAUUUGGCGCCUGAGGUUUUGACGAUGAAAGGCUAUGAUGCUGCCAAGGCUGAUGUCUGGUCUUGUGGAGUGAUCUUGUUUGUGUUGAUGGCUGGUUAUCUUCCCUUUGAAGAUAAGAACAUUAUGGUUAUGUAUAAGAAGAUACACAAAGGAAAGUUUAGGUGUCCUAAAUGGUUUUCGCCUGAGCUUACUAGGCUUUUGACCCGGAUUCUGGACACGAAUCCAGAUACCCGGAUCACGAUACCGGAGAUCAUGAAGCAUAGAUGGUUCAAGAAAGGGUUUAAAAAUGUCAAGUUCUAUAUCGAAGACGAUAAGUUAUGUAGAGUGGAUGACAAUAGUGAAGACGAGUCAUCAUCAGUGUCAUCGGGCCGAUCAUCGACUGCUUCAGAGGGAGAUGCAGAGUUUGAGAUUAAACGAGUUGGGUCAAUGCCGAGACCCGCAAGUCUAAACGCAUUUGACAUCAUUUCCUUUUCUUAUGGAUUCGAUCUUUCGAGUUUCUUUGAAGAAGGAGGACAAGGAGCGAGGUUUGUAUCUGCUGCUCCCGUGACAAAGAUUAUAUCGAAAUUGGAAGAUAUUGCGAUAUUGGCCAACUUUACAGUGAGGAAGAAGGACUGGAGCGUGAGGCUAGAAGGUAGUAGAGAAGGUGCUAAAGGACCGUUGAUUAUUAAGGUUGAGAUAUUUGAGCUGACAGCAUCUCUUGUGGUGGUUGAAGUGAAGAAGAAGGGAGGGUUUAUAGAAGAGUAUGAAGAGUUUUGCAACAAGGAGCUUAGACCACAGCUAGAGAAACUGAUGCAUUACCAAGCAAAUGAAGUUGAAGUAGCAAUGGUUUUGCGACCUGAAACUGAAGAGAGAUGAAGUUAAGAACUUGGAAGGUCGAGAGAGAAAGACACAACAAGAAAAGGUAUAAAUAUUAUUUGUUACUAUGCCAUUUAUUUUUAUUGUUCUGUGAUUAUUAUGUGUAUCUAAACAUGAAUGCGAGAGUACUUGUAAUAAAUGUGAUAGGAAGAUCAGAGAAUACAACAAGUAAACAAAAAUAAAGAGUGAGAUCAUAAUGCAGUUUAGAUGGUUUUUGCUGGCGAUUAUAAAGCUAGUUUUUCGUUGAUUGCUGUUGUACAAGUAUCUCUAGAAAGAGAAGAGCUUAAUGGAAAAUCUUUCUCGGCCUUUCCUUUCUUUUUUAGAAAUUUCAUUUUUAUGCUUCAUAAGAGAGAGUAAAUGAUCAAACUGAACCAUUCAAAUGUUAUUGUGAUUACACUUAUAGUUAUUGCACAUAAGAAAUCUGAUGAAUCCUCCACAUUGAAUUU